GCCUGGUACCCAGGAUGCUCUCAUGUCUAUGGUAGGGAGUUUGCUAGUGCUCCAGUCUCGCUGCUUUCCAUAGUCAGGAGGAAGUGCAGCUCUGCCCGGUGGCAACAUAGAACCAGAGCACAGAUUGGAUAUGUAUAUGCAGGUGGAGAGCCGCACAGGUUCUCUCUUACAUUUAAAGAGGAGUCCUGGCAUCCGUUCAUGGUCCCUUCUAGUUGGAAUCUCAUCGGUUGGACUAGCUGCAGCUUACUAUAGUACAGAUACCUGGGCCUGGAAGCUGUUCUAUAUGGCUGGAUGUGUCUUUGUGGCUAUUCAGAACCUUGAAGAUUGGGAGGAAGCUAUUUUUGAUAGGAAGAUGGGGAAGGCCAUCCUGAAAACAUUUAACCUGUACAAGAAGCUACUGACAAUGUGCAGAGGGGGACAUGACCAAGUGGUGGUCCGUCUAAAUGAUAUUCGUGAUGUGAAUGUUGAGGAGGAGAAGGUGCGAUAUUUUGGGAAGGGCUACCUAAUUGUCUUGCGGUUUGUAACCGGAAUCUCUCAUCCCCUGACUCAGAGUGCUGUAAUGAGCAACAGAAGUGAUGUUGAAGCUAUUGCCAGACUACUGACCAGCUUCUUGGAACUGGAUGAAGCCGCGAUCCAUAACCUGGCCCAGCAGGAGAGCAGUGACACUGAAGAGAGUGAGACCAAAGAUGAAGAGAGCGAGACCAAAGAUGAGGAUUGAGGUUUGAACAUAAGAGGAGACAUUUGAGGUUUGGUCCACAGCAUCCUACAGAAGACAACAUUCCAAUACGAUUAUCCACUCAGUAAUUUCAUAUCAUUGGUUCAAUAUAAUUGCAGCCCAUUCAUUACAAGCGUAUCCCAGUAACAACAAACUCAUAUACUGACCCAUUUUGGAGACUAAAGAAUAUGGCUGAUUUAGAGGCCACUCAACAUGUUUUGUUGACAUCACAUGUGAUGUCACUGAAAAAAAUGAGCAAUGAUGUUUCUAGCAGUAGGGACUGUAUGUCAGAUUCUAAGAUUAAGUUAUAGGAUCAUGUAUAGAGUGAUCUAACAUUUAUCUAGGUCACAUGAUUAGUCACAUGAUCCUUUGGAAUUUUUAAGGAAGAAGUGAAAAUGCAAACGUAUCCUUACACAUCCUCUCGUGACAUUCUGCCACUGUUUAAUCAUCUAAGAAGCUGAUGCCAAACGCUGACAUCACUUAUUGCAAUGUAUUCUAGUGACAUCUAGUGACAUCUUGAUACCAGGGUUCAAUGAGAACAAUAUUUUCCAAUCUCUCUGCAGCAUGAGAGGAGCUUUACCUGUACACGGUAGCUUUCAUUAUUCAGAUAGAGCAUAACAUUUUAAGCAACUUUCCAAUUUAUUUAAAUGAUCAAUUUUGUUUCAGUCUCUUGGUAUUUUAUUGAAGGAGCAGCAAUGUGCUACUGGGAGCUAGAUGAACCAAUCGUUAAGGCAGUGACCGAGGAAUAUGUAAGCAGCCACCAAUCGGCAGCUAGCUUUCAGGUCCUGAGCCUACCUAGGCAUGCUUUUCAACAAAGGAUAACAAAAGAAUGAAGCAGAUCAAAUAAUAUAAAUAAAUUAGAAAGUUGUUUAAAAUUGUAUGUUCUAUCCAAAUCAUGAAAGAACAUUUUUGGGUUUGACCUCUCACCCCAGUGUCUGCAGACUGACUUUUUUAGAUUCUACCUGCCAUAUUUAAUCACAACAUGAAAGUGCCUUUUAAGUUAUUUGCCUGGCUUGUUUAGCAAGACAAAUAGUGUUCUAAUAUUUUUUUUUUGUUUAAUCAGGAGCCAUAAAUACGCUGUCUAACUUUCUGACAAAUGGCUUCUCUCCACAAUAUGUGGGCAAUAUGGUUACGUUCAAAAGGCUUUAUAUGUUAUAUAGUAAUUAGGUACGAAUACGAAAGCCAUAGUGUUCAAAGUAUAAGUAAGGUACAGUUAUAAUGCAGGCAAAAUAGCUUGCAAUGUAAUAUAUUGGGAGAUUUAGCUUUCUUAAGGUACUGCAUUCCAAUGCCAUGCAGUGUAUUUGGCUAUUGAUCGAUUAAUAAGCCUCCUAGCAGCAAUUAUAUUAAUUUUAUUUUUUUAAGAAGAAAAAACAGUUCACCAAUUUAUAUUGAAGUAUCCAUUAAUUUUUAAAAUAUGUAUUCUUAAUUCCAUAAAUAAAAGUAUUAGUAGUUAAAAAGGUUAACAGAUUUCACAAAGAAUAGAACUCAACACAACAAUAUAUAAAAACCACAAAACAGGGCUAUUUAUAUCUGAAAAACAAAUAUUGCUUUCAGUAUUUGGCACUGAAAAAUAUUCUCAACAGAAUUGUGAUGUUUGUAUAUAGUGACACAUGGUAAAUGCAGCUCUCUGUAAACCAGGGGCCACAUCUGGUCAUCAGGGGCCACUACCUGGCUGGGUUACAUUUGUGCUUGGAAAGGUUAUGAAUAUCUGGUAUAUUUGUAGCCUUCGAGGAACAGGUUUGAUAACACCUGCAAUACAGCAUGUGCUGUAAUUAUUGAGGACGAAUCUUGAACAAACAAGUGUACGAAUUUAAUUUUUUUUAUAUAUAUUUAUAACUUGCUUUCUUAACAAGGCUUCACUUCAUUACUUGAAACGAUACACAAUGUGUAUAGUUGCUGAUGUUUUGUUUUUAUACAGUGAAUAAAAUAUUGAAAUGCUAAA